CCGGUAACUUGAAAGGUAUUCAAUUCAUACGUCAAAAUUUGCAUAAUACAAGGUCCUGAAAGUUCAAAACUUUCUAAAACCUGAGUUCAUUUGUAAAUUCUCACAUGGCGACAAAGUUUUAGCAACAUGAUCACAGCCUGCAAUCAUCAUCACCUCUCAUUUUCCUCUUCUUUCUGGCAAGCACUCGUUUUCUCUGUUGAUGUAGCCAUAGGUCUCCCAAUAAAUAUUCCUUUUGUUAUAACCUCGGAGAAGGUAACCCAAUCCAUUCCGAUCAAUAAAGAAAUGGAGACGGAGAGAAAACUGCCGCCGAACAUCAACAACCUGCCGGAAGAUUGCCUGGCGGAAGUCCUGUCCCACACCGGGCCCGUGGAGUCGUGCAGGCUGGCCACCGUCUCGCCGGCGUUCAACUCUGCCUCCCAAUCCUCCGCCGUCUGGAACAAGUUUCUUCCGCCGGAUUACCGCCGUAUCCUCACCCGCUCUUCCUCUGACGCCGCCGCCGCCGGCCGUGAUUCCCUUUCGAAGAAGCAGCUCUUCUUCGCCCUCUGCCAGCACCCUGUCCUGAUCGACAACGGCAGCAAGAGUUUCUCGCUGGACAAACGGACGGGGAAGAAGUGCUUCAUGCUGUCGGCGAGAGAGCUCCGAAUCGUUUGGGGCGACACUCCGCUCUACUGGCGGUGGAAUUCCGAUCACCCCAAUUCCAGAUUCGGUGAAGUGGCCGAGCUGCUGGACGUUUGCUGGUUCGAGAUAAGGGGCAAGAUCGAGACCCAAAUGCUAUCUCCGUCGACCCAAUACGCGGCGUACCUAGUGUUCAAGUACUUCCCGGAGAGGAAUUCCGGCGGAGGGUUCCACCGGCAGGGUUUCACGGCGACGGUGGGAGCGACGGGGAGCGAGGAGGUGAGCAAAAGGACGGUGGGGUUGGAGAUAGGAACAGGGGAUCGGAGGAGGCAUUUUGGGAGGCCGAAGGGAAAGGAGGAGCUGCCUAAUGAGAGAAGAGAUGGAUGGAUUGAAGCAGAGCUUGGAGAGUUCUUUGUGGGGGAUGAAGGGGAAGAAGAAGAAGUGGAGAUGAGAUUGAAGGAGGUAGUGGCUGGUCCAAAAUCAGGGAUGGUGGUUCUUGGCAUGGAAAUCAGGCCCAAGCAUUAGCGCCACUACGGUACUCUUUUAAGUUCUAAUAUUGAAACUAUAUGUUCAUAUGUAAAUUUGAUUUUGGCUCUUAAACAUUUGGUGUCUCUUUGUAAAUCGUGAUAAAGGUUUUUCUCUUCUUAUUUCGAUUGAUGUUUCUGGCUCCCAAGCUCUAUUUGUAUAAAAAUUAUUAGAUGAUUUCGAAUCAAAAUCUGAAAAAAUGAUCUUAUAUUCUUAUUGGUACAGUGAUGAUAUCAAAAUGUUGGUUCAUGUCAUUUGGGAUUAUCCAUUUGUAUACUUUGUCUAGUAGAUAGAGUUUAUGUAAGAAUGAUAUUUUAUUUUAUUAAUUUACAUAAUUAAAUGUUCCC